GCCAGUGUAUCUAUCGUUGUGGGAGAGAGCGCACUCUGAGUCGCUGUGCUCAUGGCAGGUCGAAGAUGGAACAAGUUGGCAACCUUCAGAGGACUAUGUCACAGCAUGAAGAAGAAGCUGUGCUGCUGUGCCUGGCCAGGAUAUCAGUUGCUGUUUUCCCCUGUCCUCAGUUGGUGCCACCAGACGAGGACUGGGAGGACGAGGACCGCCUGACAGAAGAUGAAAGAAGGUCGUGUGUGUCAGAGAGGACCCUGUUCCUGGUGUCUCAACACGUGGGCAUGGGUUUCCAGAUGCUGGGUCUGAGACUGGGGCUUCCGUACGUCAGUGUGGAGAGGUGCACGCUGUCACAGUCUUCGCCUCAGAUGCAGAUAUUCGCCAUGCUGAACACGUGGAGACAGCGGAAGGGAAGACGGGCAACUGUUGAAGUCCUGUUUCAAGCCCUGUCGGACAGCAUGUCGGUCUGCACGGUGGACAUGCCUCAUGUCUACAGGGUGAUCCGUGAAAUGUAACAUUGUGUGUCACCAUAUACAUCCACGUACAGCAAGCAGCUCUCUGGGACUCGUGACAUACUUAAAUAUAUUUCAAGUUCACUUCAGUUUUGCGAGAUGUUGUUGAGAAGUAUCAGUAAUAUUUCAGUAAUGUCGAUGUGUCCCUCCCAUGAUGUCUUGGACUCCGUGUAAACGUGGGAUAUUUUAUGAAGGUGUUGACCUAAUAAAGUCUUACAAUGUUC